UGACUCCAUGAGAGAGAGAGAGAGAGAUCAGAAGCUUGUGAUAUACAUUUGUUACUCUCAGCUGAUGCCGCUGCGGUGCAACAGCAACGCCACCCAUUGAAGCCGAAGGCCACCCAUGAGAGCCUUUACUUCCUCUUCCAAGUUCCAACUCUAGUGGAUCAUUCUUAUCUCGGCCAGAGGAUGGGGAAGCUAGAAAUCAUUGCUUCUCAUUCGAGGUUUCUUGGUUUUAGGUUUUAUGGAGGGGGUAUCUAGCUACCUAGGGACUGUCCGCAUAUUAAUAUCACAUACUAGGUUUCAUGGAACUGAAAUUUUGUAGAGAGAGAAACCCAAAAGGUCCUGUCAUCCUUAAUUCCUAUGCUCUUAUUAGUCCUAUCAUCCUAAUUAGUAUCUUUCAUUAAUUAAACCUUUUGCCUUUCUUGAAUUAUAGAAUAAAAAGCUAGAAGUUUUUCUUUCCAGGGUUCCAAUUUCUUUCUGGUUAUAUUUCUUUCCUUGUUUUCCUAAGUAUCUUUCAGGCUUUCACCUGCUCACUAUGGAGGAAUAUAAUAAUAAUAAUAAUCAAGUGAGUGAGAAUAAUAAUAAUAAUAAUAGUACGAGCAGAAGAGGGUGUAGUUUCUUAUAUGGUGGAGGAGGUCCUCCUGUUCUUGCACCCAAUUCAUCAUCAGUGUAUGGAAGAAGUAGCAGUUCCUCCGAUCAGGAGCACGUCACUCAUGCCCAGCUUCCAAUGAACUCUUUCCAUCAUCAUCAAUCGGGUGAGUGCUUUAUCUCUGAAGCUCCUCCGAUCGUAAAGACCGAAGCGAGCGGCGGCGGUGGCUCUCAAUAUAACCAGGAAUUUCAUUAUGCCUCAGCCGCUGCUAGAGGAGGAGGAGGAGAUGGUGGAGGAGGGAACGGGAGCUCAAGCGAAGCUGAAGCCAUUAAGGCUAAGAUCAUUGCCCAUCCUCAGUAUUCAAACCUUCUCGAAGCUUACAUGGAAUGUCAAAAGGUAGGAGCUCCACCAGAAGUGGUAGCUCGGCUCACGGCUGUUCAUCGGGAGCUGGAAACACGGCACCGAUCAUCCGUCAUUUGCAGAGAUUCUUCAGUGGAUCCGGAACUCGAUCAGUUCAUGGAAGCCUACUAUGAUAUGCUGGUGAAGUAUAGGGAGGAGCUGAUGAGGCCUAUACAAGAGGCCAUGGAAUUCAUGCGGAGGGUCGAGGCGCAGCUUACUACGCUCACUCAUGGCUCUAUCAGGAAUUUUUCCUCAGAUGAGAAAUGUGAAGGUGUAGGUUCAUCUGAAGAAGAUCAAGACAACAGUGGGGGAGAAACGGAGCCCCCUGAGAUUGAUCCACGGGCUGAAGAUAGGGAAUUAAAGAAUCACCUGUUGAAGAAGUAUAGUGGCUACUUAAGCAGCCUCAAGCAGGAACUUUCUAAGAAAAAGAAGAAAGGGAAACUUCCCAAGGAUGCAAGGCAAAAGCUGCUUAAUUGGUGGGAACUACACUACAAAUGGCCAUAUCCAUCGGAGACAGAGAAGGUUGCCUUGGCAGAAUCAACUGGUUUGGAUCAGAAGCAAAUCAAUAACUGGUUCAUUAAUCAGAGAAAAAGACACUGGAAACCAUCUGAAGACAUGCAAUUUGUGGUUAUGGAUGGCCUACAUGCCCAGAAUACCGCUCUCUAUAUGGAGGGUCAUUUCAUGAGUGAUGGUUCUUACCGUUUGGGCCCAUGAUCAUGACCAGAAGGAAGGGUAAGGGUAAUGAUCAGUUACCCUCUAUGGGGGGGUGGGGUGUUCAAUUGAAGGGUUGGUUAGUUUUGGCCUAUUGGCUUAGCACUGUAAGACACCAUCCUAUACAAUAGUAAAGUAAUGAUCCUAUUGUAAAGUGCUUAUGUUCUUAUUAUUAUAAGUUUCUUUUACUUUUGUUGCUCUCAUGAAGAUGAUUCAAAUGAUGUAAGCAAUUUAUUGAGGUUACUUUAUGUUCGUGUAGUUUGCUGCCUAAGAUCUAAAGCUAUAUUUUUUGGAGUA